AUGUUUGGGUAUAGUAAAGAAGCUGUUCGUGUAAAAGUCAAGAAAUGUGAGGGAAAACUCCAACCAGAACUAAGAAAAUUUUCUGUUGAUCCACAAAUAACGUCCCUGGAAGUCUUGCAAAGUAUUUUAGUGAAAGCAUUUGAUAUAAAAUCAGAUUUUACAUUAUCAUACAGGACAGUGGAUGAUUAUGGACAGGAGAUAUAUCUUCCGCUGCUCUCAGACUGGGAUCUGGAUGCAGCUUUUCUUAAAGCACAUAACAUAGCACUAACAAUGAGGUUGGAGCCCUGUGUACAGUUAAAGGUUGAUAUGAAACCAUUUGCUGAAGCUUCCGAGGACUGGGAGCCGCCAACCAUACCAGAAGCACCCAUAGGCCAAGUCAAUAAGGAUCAACCGACGGUUCAACAAUUAACUCAGGUUGAGAAACAAGAAUCACAGACUGGAUUCCAGGGGCUAUUUAUGAAUCAGGUUGAGAAGACAUUUAACAUGGUUUCGAGGGCGCUUAAUCUUUAUGAAGACCCCAACACCCCUCCACGGCCUCCGUUGAAUGAUAUCGAGUUCCGAGCAUUUCUAGAUGCUGUAGGACAAAUAACUAAUACAACAAAACUACGAGAGGUUAUAUACUGUGGGGGAAUAGAGCCAAGUCUAAGAAAAGUUGUAUGGAAACACAUAUUAAAUGUUUACCCGGACGGUAUGACUGGCAAAGAGAGAAUGGACUAUAUAAAGAGAAAAGCCAACGAGUAUUAUACGUUACGAUCUCAAUGGAAAGACUGUAUACAGAAAGGAAAGGUGAAUGCUGACUUAGCAUACGUUACAAGCAUGGUUCGCAAGGACGUGCUAAGAACGGACAGACAUCACAACUUCUACGCUGGAAGUGAUGAUAAUCAAAACAUAGCAUCAUUAUUUAAUAUAUUGACAACGUACGCAUUGUAUCACCCUACGGUUAGUUACUGCCAAGGUAUGUCAGAUUUGGCGUCACCGCUCCUAGUGACUAUGGGUGAUGAAGCCCACGCGUACAUCUGUCUCUGUGCGCUUAUGACUCGCUUGUAUCCAAACUUCCUUCUCGACGGAGAGGCAAUGACCCUUAAAUUCACACAUUUAACGGAGUCAUUACAAGUCUAUGACCCAGAUUUCUAUAAUUAUCUCAAAUCCCAACAAGCAGAUGACUUACUUUUCUGCUAUAGAUGGCUUCUUCUAGAGAUGAAAAGAGAGUUUGCUUUCGAGGACGCUCUCAGAAUGUUAGAAGUAUUGUGGGCGUCUCUACCGCAAAAGGCACCCUCAGCGGAGUUACCUUUGAAAGAAAAAGAUUUUGAUCCAACAUUGGAAGUAAUAAUAGAUCCACCUCCAUCGAGUCCCUUAGUAAAGACUCCAAGAGAAAACGCAUACACAAAAGUAUGCGCAAUUAGACGUCAAAGCUCAAGCUUUAGUUUGGCUAACAUUAAAGCACCAAAGCUUUCGACUAUCCGACAAUCUAACCAUAGUUUAGACGAGAAUGCUACUAGAAAAAUUUUAAAUAACUCCUCAUUGAUACACGCGAAAGAAUUUCAAAGCUUAGAUGAUGCUGCUUUGCAAAAACAGAAAACUAUUAAAGAUAAUGUUGAAAACGAGGAAAAUUUGAAAACUGAUAAGGAAGGAAAAGAUUCUCAGGUUAAAGUUAAGAGGUGUAUGAAAAGCGUGCCUGAACACGGUAGAGUGGAAACUCAGGAACACAACACGUUCUGGUCUAGCACAGGCAACCUUCCCAAUGGAGUGUUAAGUGAUAUAAGAGACACACCCCUCGGCAGUCAAAUAAGAUUACUUAGAGAUAAAAUAUCAGUACAUAAUAACAGAUUCUUUUCGUCGCUCGACGCUUUGGAAGGACCUAAUUCAUCUAACUCAACUAAACCGACCAAACAAGUGAAAAUGAUAAAAAAUCUCAACGAAUUCCUAAACUUUGCCACCGGUAAUAAAGACGCGCUAAAACCAGAAAAACUUCAAAGAACACAUUCCGUUAUCGAAAGAAAGCAUUCCAAAGAGUGUCCGAAAAUUAUUUUAACCAAGACAUCCUACGAUGAAAGUGAUAUUUCUUCGGCCAACCAAAGGAGUAAUCGCUUAAGCAAGCUAACCAGAAGCAGUUUUGAUACGAACGACGGUAGUAGUCCCGACGAUUCACAAGAAUAUCAUCCGAUGACGACUUCCAUGACGAGAGAAUUAAGACUGGAACUAGAACACCUAGAUCGACAGGUGUUUGGUAACUCAUAUGUUAACCGAUGCAGCAUGAUUUGUGAUUCUCCAUCAGAUUCCACGAGCACAGAAGACAAACCCGUUGAAUACGCAGAUACGAAAGAAGACACCGCGACUGACGCUUUGGAGUUACGGACCGAAGUUGUAGACCCGAAUGGGACGGUAAAAAAACCGCUCGAAACAAUCAAAUGUAACGCGAAAAGCGCUGAAGACAUAUAUCUGUGGGAAAAUCCACUACAUCGUAAUACACCAACAACUAGAACUACAGCCAGCUGCCCUCAAACACCUGACGAGCAAGCGGAGUUAGAUUUCGACGGAGAUACGGGCGAGAUAUUUGAAGAACAUUCCGGAAAAAAAUCAAUCACACCAAUAAGGCUAUUGAGGAAAAAUCACUCAUUAGAACCGCAAGAACUAUCGAAGAACAGAAGACAUUCCAUGACACAUUCCAGUGAAUCGGAUUAUUCAGAAAAAGAUCCAGUUGAUUCAACAGAAACUGUUACGGCCAAAAAUAUUAAUCAAGAGUCUCUCAAUUUGAAAUCACACAAAUUUUUCUCUAACAUGUCGCACGAAUUAGAAAACGCAAAGAAAAACUGUGAAAGCCUGUUGAACGUGAAACAAACAAACUUACAAAGCGUUGCUUCGACGAUAAAUAACUUUCAGAAAAAAUGCGAGGUUUUCAAGCCGCCGGUACAGAAGAAUACUACAGUAUCUUCUAUCAGCGAUAACUCCGUUAAGAAUAGUAUUAGCAGCUUACCAUCGCCUACAGUCUUUGGCGGUGGCAAUCCGUUCUUGAUGUAUUUAUGUCUUACAGUAUUAUUGCAGCACAGAGAUUACAUAAUGAGAAAUCGUAUGGACUACAACGAACUAGCGAUGCACUUCGACAAAAUGGUACGUAAACAUAACGUGAACAGGGUAUUGAAUCAGGCAAGGCAAAUGUACGCGAUGUAUUUGAAACAGCAAUCGAGCAAGACUAGUGACGUCACUACCUGA